AUGUAUAAUUUGUUCAUAACAUCGCGGCCACAAUUCACCAGCCAAUUUCAAGCAAACAAUAUAGUUGUUGAGGGAGCAGAUCUGCAUAUCAAUUGUUCUGCAAUUGGAAAUCCAACUCCAAACAUCACUUGGGUGUUACUGAAAAACCAAGCCAAGGAAAUAAAAAGCCAAGGAGUAGGUUUCGCUGACCUCGUUAUCCAGAACAUUACAAGACAUCAAAAUGGGACGUAUCAGUGCCAGGCAACCAACAACCCAAAUGAUUAUCCCGUGAAGACUAAAACACAAGUCACUGUAUGGUACAUACCUAAUAUAACGUUUCUAAACUGGACUGUCGACGAAAAGACCAUCCUAUUUUGCCAAGCAAGUGGACACCCACGGCCCUUAAUCAAGUGGUAUUAUGCUGAUGGAACGCAAGUUGAAUCUGGUGCCACAGAAAUAACAAGCGGCAGCAGAAUGGUUCUCAAAAUACCAGAUAGCAACUCUGGUUUAUAUGGAAUGUACAAGUGUAACGCAACAAAUGAAGUGGGCUAG